UGCAUCCAAUAAAGAGCGACGCUCCCAGCUCAGUGGGAAGCUGAACCUUUGUGAUCUGGCGGGCUCGGAGAGGUUAAGCCGGUCGAACGCAACGGGGGAGCGGCUCAAAGAAACACAGGCGAUCAAUAAGAGCCUAAGUGCUCUCACAGACGUUUUCGUGGCCAUCGCCAACAAGCAGGCACAUGUGCCCUACCGCAACAGCAAACUGACCUACCUGUUGCAGCAAUGUCUUUCGGGGGACGGGAAGACCCUCAUGAUGAUCAAUCUCUCUCCCACCGAGCAGUCCUACUUCGAGUCUUUGUGCACACUGCGUUUCGCCAGCCAGGUCAACAAGUGCGAGCUCGGGCAAGCCCGUCGGAACCUCCAUAUGGUUGGGCAAGACGGAAGUAGCUUCGCCAGCGCGGGGGGACCCGGGGCGACGACUA